AUGGGAGCUGUAUAUGAAACAGCGAAAAGUGGAGUAGGUGUGUUGGUGAUGAGGCCAGAACUGGUGAUGAAGUCUAUUGUGUCGGUGGUCAUGGCAGGAGUGUUGGGUAUUUACAGUUUGAUUAUUGCUAUUAUAAUUAGUACUAGGAUUAACCCUAAGGCUAAAUCUUAUUGCCUCUUUGAUGGCUAUGCCCAUCUUUCUUAUGGUCUCCCUUAUGGCUUCACUGGUGUCUCUACGAGUAUGGCGAUCGAAAUCGUUGGUGAUGCUGGUGUUAAGUGUAAUCAUUCUUUCCGAUCUCAGUCAUCUAUCUGA